AUGGUAAUGCGUAGUGCACCGCUGAUGGGCUGGAAGAAUGUCAGCACGGGUUCGGACGCCGAAAAGCAUAUGCCCGUCACUCGGAUAUGCGUACAGGUGAAGCAGGGUUCGAUCUACGGUGUACGCGAUCGGCUUCCGAACGGUCAGAAUUACUACUACUUCAAGGGAGUGCCGUACGCGAAAGCACCGGUCGGUUUGCUGCGCUUCAAGUCUCCCGUACCGCUGGAGAAGUACUCCGUUUCCUAUCUGGACUGCACCAAGGAGCGCAGCAACUGCAUAGGGCUGGACGUGCUGACGAAGGAUAUCAGUGGGUCCGAAGAUGGACUAUUCCUCAACAUCUACACACCGAAGCUGGGCCAACCCAGUGGCGGCGGCGCAGAUCCGGCAUCAGCACUGCCCGUGAUGGUAUUCCUCCACGGUGGUGGACUUACCGGAGGCCAUGGUGAUAGUUCGCUUUACCUUCCGAACUAUCUCGUACAGCAGGGUGUGAUAGUGGUCACUUUGAACUACCGCCUCGGAGUGCUCGGAUUCCUCUGCCUUCCCGAUGCCGGUAUCCAGGGGAAUGCGGGCCUCAAAGACCAACGGAUGGCACUGCGGUGGGUUAGCGAAAACAUUGCGAAAUUCGGGGGCGACCCCACUAACGUGACACUGUUCGGAGCCAGCUCCGGCGCGAUCGCCGUCAACUAUCACUGCCUGUCGGUCGAAUCGAAGCGUUACUUCCACAAGGCCAUCCUCCAGAGUGGUUCGAUCUAUACCGAGUUUUCGUACCAAGCCGAACCGGAAGAGAAGGCACGCCGAAUGGCCGAACUGCUGGUGGCCAGCAACGGUCAACCGCGCACGGACACCGAAGUGUACGAAAUCCUACGUAGUGCACCGGCGAAGCGCCUGUUCGAGUUGCAGCCGCAGGUGUUGACGGAUCGCGAGCGAAAGGUGGAAAAGCUGUUCCAGAUUCCGUUUCUACCCGUGAUCGAGCGGGCCGAUUCCGAGGAUGCGAUCAUCCAGCGCCAUCCGACGGAGAUAAUGAGCGAACCGGACUCGAUCGGUAUACCGAUCAUCCUGGGCUACAACGAACGCGACGGUAUGAUGGUGUUGAUCGAUGCGAUCAAAACGCUGGCUGCGUAUAAUACGGAACCGGAGCGCUUCCUACCGCGUACGGUCGCCCUGGAGUACUUCUCGCCCGAAGCGCACGCCUUAGGAGAGGAAGUACGAGAGUUUUACUUUGGCAACCGUCCCGUUAGCCGGGAUACGCUGAACCAACUGACGGACGUGUUCACCGACAAGUAUCUGCUGGCGUACCGGAUGACGGUGGAGCUGUGGGCCCGGUAUCAACGCCGGACCAAGUUCUACGGCUACCGGUUCGCGUUCGAUGGGUUGCUCAACAAGGGCAAGGCCAUCAUGUCACUGCGCACGAUGAAAGGUGCGGCGCACAUCGACGAGGUGUACUAUCUCUUCAGCUCACCCCUGCUCCGUACCGAGGUGCCGGAAACGGACAAAUCGUACGAGCUGCGCAACACGAUGGUGCAGCUGUGGACCAACUUUGCCAAGUACUCGGACCCGACGCCGGUGGAUCGUGGUGAUGCGAAGCUACCGUUCCGCUGGGAACCGCAGCAGAACGUACCGGUCGAUGCGAACCAUGUGCCACUGAUGUGCCUUAACAUCACGAACGAAUCGAUCCGGAUGAGCGAGAUGCCGGAGAAACGACGGAUGGACUUCUGGACCAAGAUCUUCCAGCGCUACAAUGGGCGCAUCUCGAACGUCGCAAUCCCGGCCAUCAGUUCGUCGUGCGUCGACGAGAACAAUAAUGCGUGA